AUGGUCCUCUGCCUGGCACCCGCGAUGCUGCUGCUGCUUCUGGCCAAGUGUCCAGAAGUCUUGCUCUGUUUCCAGUGUCAGGUGGACACCCCUUUGAACGGGUGUGGCCAUUCUGGGGAAGGAGUGGUACCUGGGCCUCAGCGCCUGGGGGAAGCCAGGCCUUGGUGCGUCCCAUCCAUCCCUGACGUGUUGCAGGACUCCCCAGAGCCCACCGCCGCCCAUCCCCGCGGCAGAAGGCCACGAGAACAGCAGCUGCCCGCUCCUCCACUAGGGUCGCCGAGUUCCGCCGGACGGAACCGAUGCUUGGAUGCGGCCGAGGCGUGCACGGCUGAUGCGCGGUGCCAGCGGCUGCGCACCGAGUACGUGGCGCAAUGCCUGGGUCGGGCCGCGGCUGGGGGAUGCCCCCAGGCCCGCUGCCGCCGCGCCCUGCGCCGCUUCUUCGCCCGCGGGCCACCAGCUCUCACCCACGCGCUGCUUUUCUGCUCGUGCGUCAACGCCGCGUGCGCCGAGCGCAGGCGCCAGACCUUCGUGCCCGCCUGCGCCUUCUCGGGGCCCGGCCCGGCGCCGCCCUCCUGCCUCGCACCCUUAGACGCCUGCGAGCACAGCCGGGUCUGCAGGCCCCGCCUCCUGGCCUUCCAGGCCUCCUGUGCUCCCGCCCCCAGCGCCCCCGACGGCUGCCUGCAGGACCAAGCCCCCCGCUGCCUGCGCGCCUUCGCGGGCCUCGUAGGCACCGCCAUCACUCCCAACUACGUGGACAACGCGAGUGCGCGCGUGGCGCCCUGGUGCGACUGCGGAGCCAGCGGAAACCGGCGUGAGGAGUGCGAAGCCUUCCGGGGGCUCUUCACCAGGAACCGCUGCUUGGAUGGUGCCAUACAGGCCUUUGAUGGUGGGUGGCCAGUAAUCCUGCAGGACCAGCUAGAUGUCCACCAGGACCCCGAGAAUAGCCUCCUGCAAGUGUCCUCCACAGAUGGGCUCCUGGUUGGGAGCUCCCUGCUCCCCAUGCUCCCUGUCCUGGCUCUCCAGCCCCUGCUCUGACUAGGACAGCAGACCUUGGACAACAUCACUGUCCCAUCCUGCCUGGGGUACAGGGCCACAUCUGCACCCUACUGCCCCACUGAAGUUGGACUGGUGUGCCUCCCAAGCUAGCCCCAGUGCUCUCAGCCCACUGCCCUUUUUAGGUCUGCACACCCUGUGUGCCUGUCCCCUAGAGUGAGGGAUGUGGGUUGAGGGUCUGAUGCAAAGCCCCUGGUUUCCCUUUUUGUGGGUUUCUUGGUUAUAGGUCCCUUUCUCCACUGACCUUGGAACAGUUGGGUUCUCCCACAAGAUAGGGAUGGGGGGGUCACCUGUGUUGCUGAGGCCUCACUGGGACUCCAGAUCACCUAGAGGUCAGAAACCAUCCAGAUUCCCAGAAUUCUAAGAGAUUUCAUUAGCUUCUUCAAACAUAACGUGCCCUAAGGAGUACAUCUGAACAGACGUUUAGGCAAAACUUUUAACACUGCAGCCUUUCAUGGCACUGUCCUAGUGAGGCACCCCCCCCCCCCCAUCAUGAUAGCCACCUAUGCCCCAUGACUUAUGUUGGCAAAGUUCUUUCCAUCCAUGAUAUGCUGCUUGGUGGGCACCACCUGGAGUGAGAGUCCAGUCCCCUGCAUUGCACUGGUUGUAUAGCCAUCUUCCCCAUGGCUUAACCUAGCACUAUGAAUGACAUCCAAAACUCAAUAAACCACAUGCACUGAGA